GUGAAAGUCAAAGUCCAUUUUGUGGAAUAAGGAAGCAAAUCAUUGGCAGGAGAAAAACACAGUUUGCAGUUGUAAUCUGUAGGAGGAGACAUGACCUCCAACAUGAGUGUGUCUGUGAAACAGCGCUUAAAGGAAUAUGAGAGUCUGAUUCAGGGUGAGAGAUCAGACUCACCUGAACCCAGCUGUGUGUCCAUUAAGAGUGACACGUCAAUGGAUGAACCAAUACUCUUUAGAGACACAGACUGUGCUACUGAUCUGAGACUGCAGAAGAAUAAAUCAAAAAUCACUGAGAAGAGUCAUUUGGAGGCCAUAUUCAAGGAUCUGGAGCAUAAAGUCAUCACUCUGUUAAAGAAUGAGCUGAAGAAAUUUAAGAAGCUCCUGAAUCCAGAUUACCCAGCAUGCUCUGAGAGGGAGGUGGAGGCUGAGUUGGAUCAGAGCAGUGUCAGAGAGGGAGCGCUGAAGAUCACACUGCACGUCCUGAAGAACAUGAACCACACAGAUCUCGCUAACACACUGCAGAACAGAUUUGUCGUGUACCAUCGAAAACUCAAAUCCAAACUGAGAGAGAAAUGUAAAAGAAUUAAUGAAGGAAUCUCACAGCAUGGAAGCUCAGCACUUCUGAAUGAGAUCUACACAGAUCUCUACAUCACAGAGGGUUGGAGUGGAGACGUCAAUAAUGAACAUGAGGUGAGACAGAUUGAGACAGCGUCCAGGAGACCAGCAACACAGGAGACACCCAUCAAAUGUAAUGAGCUCUUUAAAGACAAGUCCAUCAGAAGUGUGCUGACUAAAGGAGUUGCUGGAAUUGGAAAAACAGUUUCUGUGCAGAAGUUCAUUCUGGACUGGGCCGAAGGAAAAGCAAAUCAGGACGUCACCUUCAUGUUUCCACUUCCCUUUAGGGAGCUGAAUUUGAUGAAGCAGAAAAAUCUCAGUCUGAUGAAUCUUGUUCAUCACUUUUUCCCAGAAAUAAAAGAAUUACAAUUAAUAGACUGUAAUGUUCACAAAGUGAUGUUCAUCUUUGAUGGUCUGGAUGAGUGUCGACUUCCUCUAAAUUUCCAGAACAAUGAGAGUUUGUGUGAUGUGACAGAGUCAACCUCAGUGGAUGUGCUGCUGACAAACCUCAUCAAGGGGAAUCUGCUUCCCUCUGCUCUCCUCUGGAUAACCUCUCGACCAGGAGCAGCCAAUCAGAUCCCUCCUGAGUGUGUAAACCAGGUAACAGAGGUACGAGGAUUCAGUGAUCCUCAGAAAAAGGAGUACUUCAGGAAGAGGAUCAGUGAUCAGAGCCUGGCCAAUAAAAUCAUCACACACAUGAAGUCUUCAAGAAGCCUCUACAUCAUGUGCCACAUCCCAGUCUUCUGCUGGAUUUCAGCCACUGUUCUAGAGAGAAUGUUGGGUGAAGCAGAGAGUGGAGAGAUCCCCAAGACUCUGACCCAAAUGUUCACACACUUCCUGAUCUUUCAGAUCAAACACAAGGAGCAAAAGUACCAUCAGAAAUGUGACCCUGAUCCUCAGCAGACCAGAGAGAGUAUCCUGGCACUGGGAAAACUGGCUUUCCAACAGCUGGAGAAAGGAAACCUGAUCUUCUAUGAGGAAGACCUGAGAGAGUGUGGCAUUGAUGUCACAGAAGCUUCAGUGUACUCAGGAGUGUGUACCCAAAUCUUCAGAGAGGAGUUUGGGCUGCACCUGGGGAAGGUGUUCAGCUUUGUACAUCUGAGUGUUCAGGAGUUUCUGGCUGCUUCAUAUGCAUUUCUCUCUUUCAUCAGCAGAAAUGUAACAGAACAACAAAUCACUGAUCUGUCUGAUCUUUUAACCAAAUCAAACAUGUCUGAUUUCCUGAGAAGUGCAGUGAACAAGGCCUUACAGAGUGAGAAUGGACACCUGGACCUGUUCCUCCGCUUCCUUCUGGGUCUCUCACUGGAGUCUAAUCAGACUCUCUUACGAGACCUAAUUCCCCAGACAGGAAGCAGCUCUCACAACAAACAGGAAACAGUCGAGUACAUCAAGGAGAAGAUCAGGGAGAAUCCAUCUCCAGAGAAAUCCAUCAAUCUGUUCCACUGUCUGAAUGAACUGAAUGAUCAUUCUCUAGUACAGGAAGUACAGCAUUACCUGAAAAGUAAAGAUGACAAUCGUCUCAGUGGAGUCAGUCUCUCUCCUGCUCAGUGGUCAGCUCUGGCGUUUGUGUUGCUGAACUCAGACGAGAAUCUGGAUGAGUUUGAUUUGAGGAAAUAUCACAGAUCAGACGAAUGUCUUCUGAGGCUGAUGCCCGUGGUCAAAGCAUCCAGACAAGCUAAGCUGUGGAACUGUAAUCUCACAGAGGAAAGCUGUAGAGCUCUGUCCUCAGUUCUCAGCUCAAACUCCUCCAGUCUGAGAGAACUGGACCUGAGUUACAAUAAACUGCAGGAUUCAGGAGUGAAGCUGCUCUCUGCUGGACUGGAGAAUCCACACUGUACACUGGAGACACUGAGGCUGGUAGGCUGCAGUAUUACAGGUGAAGGUUGUGCUGCUCUGGUUUCAGCUCUGAAGUCAAACACCUCAUCACACCUGAGAGAACUGAAUCUGAACGACAAUAAACCAGGAGAAUCAGGAGUGAAGCUGCUCUCUGAUCUACUGAAGGAUCCACACUGUAAACUGGGGAAACUAAAGCUGCGUUGGUGUAAUCUCACAGAGGAAAGCUGUAGAGCUCUGUCCUCAGUUCUCAGCUCAAACUCCUCCAGUCUGAGAGAACUGGACCUGAGUUACAAUAAUAACCUGCAGGAUUCAGGAGUGAAGCUGCUCUCUGCUGGACUGGAGAAUCCACACUGUACACUGGAGAAACUGAGGCUGGUAGGCUGCAGUAUUACAGGUGAAGGUUGUGCUGCUGUGGUUUCAGCUCUGAAGUCAAACACCUCAUCACACCUGAGAAAACUGAAUCUGAACAACAAUGAACCAGGAGAAUCAGGAGUGAAGCUGCUCUCUGAUCUACUGAAGGAUCCACACUGUAAACUGGAGACACUACAGCUGUGUGAGUGUAAUCUCACAGAGGAAAGCUGUAGAGCUCUGUCCUCAGUUCUCAGCUCAAACUCCUCCAGUCUGAGAGAACUGGACCUGAGUAUCAAUAACCUGCAGGAUUCAGGAGUGAAGCUGCUCUCUGCUGGACUGGAGAAUCCACACUGUACACUGGAGACACUGAGGCUGUAUCAGUGUAAUCUCACAGGGGAAAGCUGUAGAGCUCUGUCCUCAGUUCUCAGCUCAAACUCCUCCAGUCUGAGAGAACUGGACCUGAGUGACAAUGAUGAACUGCAGGAUUCAGGAGUGAAGCUGCUCUCUGCUGGACUGGAGAAUCCACACUGUACACUGGAGAUACUGAGGCUGUGGAAGUGUAAUCUCACAGAGGAAAGCUGUAGAGCUCUGUCCUCAGUUCUCAGCUCAAACCCCUCCAGUCUGAGAGAACUGGACCUGAGUGAGAAUUAUAACCUGCAGGAUUCAGGAGUGAAGCUGCUCUCUGCUGGACUGGAGAAUCCACACUGUACACUGGAGACACUGAGGCUGGAACGCUGCAGUAUUACAGGUGAAGGUUGUGCUGCUCUGGUUUCAGCUCUGAAGUCAAACACCUCAUCACACCUGAGAGAACUGAAUCUGAACCUCAAUAAACCAGGAGAAUCAGGAGUGAAGCUGCUCUCUGAUCUACUGAAGGAUCCACACUGUAAACUGGAGACACUACAGCUGCGUCACUGUAAUCUCACAGAGGAAAGCUGUAGAGCUCUGUCCUCAGUUCUCAGCUCAAACUCCUCCUGUCUGAGAGAACUGGACCUGAGUCACAAUUAUAACCUGCAGGAUUCAGGAGUGAAGCUGCUCUCUGCUGGACUGGAGAAUCCACACUGUACACUGGAGACACUGAGGCUGGAACGCUGCAGUAUUACAGGUGAAGGUUGUGCUGCUCUGGUUUCAGCUCUGAAGUCAAACACCUCAUCACACCUGAGAGAACUGAAUCUGAACGACAAUGAACCAGGAGAAUCAGGAGUGAAGCUGCUCUCUGAUCUACUGAAGGAUCCACACUGUAAACUGGAGACACUACAGCUGUAUCAGUGUAAUCUCACAGAGGAAAGCUGUAGAGCUCUGUCCUCAGUUCUCAGCUCAAACUCCUCCAGUCUGAGAGAACUGGACCUGAGUUACAAUGAUGAACUGCAGGAUUCAGGAGUGAAGCUGCUCUCUGCUGGACUGGAGAAUCCACACUGUACACUGGAGACACUGAGGCUGUAUCGCUGUAAUCUCACAGGGGAAAGCUGUAGAGCUCUGUCCUCAGUUCUCAGCUCAAACUCCUCCAGUCUGAGAGAACUGGACCUGAGUAAGAAUUAUAAACUGCAGGAUUCAGGUGUGAAGCUGCUCUCUGCUGGACUGGAGAAUCCACACUGUACACUGGAAAUACUGAGGCUGGAAUGCUGCAGUAUUACAGGUGAAGGUUGUGCUGCUCUGGUUUCAGCUCUGAAGUCAAACACCUCAUCACACCUGAGAGAACUGAAUCUGAAUGACAAUGAACCAGGAGAAUCAGGAGUGAAGCUGCUCUCUGAUCUACUGAAGGAUCCACACUGUAAACUGGAGAAACUACAGCUGCGUGGGUGUGAUCUCAUAGAGGAAAGCUGUAGAGCUCUGUCCUCAGUUCUCAGCUCAAACUCCUCCAGUCUGAGAGAACUGGACCUGAGUGAGAAUUAUAACCUGCAGGAUUCAGGAGUGAAGCUGCUCUCUGCUGGACUGGAGAAUCCACACUGUACACUGGAGACACUGAGGCUGCGUUGGUGUAAUCUCACAGAGGAAAGCUGUAGAGCUCUGUCCUCAGUUCUCAGCUCAAACUCCUCCAGUCUGAGAGAACUGGACCUGAGUUACAAUAAUAACCUGCAGGAUUCAGGAGUGAAGCUGCUCUCUGCUGGACUGGAGAAUCCACACUGUACACUGGAGAAACUGAGGCUGGUAGGCUGCAGUAUUACAGGUGAAGGUUGUGCUGCUGUGGUUUCAGCUCUGAAGUCAAACACCUCAUCACACCUGAGAAAAAUGAAUCUGAACAACAAUGAACCAGGAGAAUCAGUAGUGAAGCUGCUCUCUGAUCUACUGAAGGAUCCACACUGUAAACUGGAGACACUACAGCUGUGUGAGUGUAAUCUCACAGAGGAAAGCUGUAGAGCUCUGUCCUCAGUUCUCAGCUCAAACUCCUCCAGUCUGAGAGAACUGGACCUGAGUAUCAAUAACCUGCAGGAUUCAGGAGUGAAGCUGCUCUCUGCUGGACUGGAGAAUCCACACUGUACACUGGAGACACUGAGGCUGUAUCAGUGUAAUCUCACAGAGGAAAGCUGUAGAGCUCUGUCCUCAGUUCUCAGCUCAAACUCCUCCAGUCUGAGAGAACUGGACCUGAGUUACAAUGAUGAACUGCAGGAUUCAGGAGUGAAGCUGCUCUCUGCUGGACUGGAGAAUCCACACUGUACACUGGAGACACUGAGGCUGGAUCGCUGCAGUAUUACAGGUGAAGGUUGUGCUGCUCUGGUUUCAGCUCUGAAGUCAAACACCUCAUCACACCUGAGAGAACUGAAUCUGAACCUCAAUGAACCAGGAGAAUCAGGAGUGAAGCUGCUCUCUGAUCUACUGAAGGAUCCACACUGUAAACUGGAGACACUACAGCUGUGUGGGUGUAAUCUCACAGAGGAAAGCUGUAGAGCUCUGUCCUCAGUUCUCAGCUCAAACUCCUCCAGUCUGAGAGAACUGGACCUGAGUGGCAAUAAACUGCAGGAUUCAGGAGUGAAGCUGCUCUAUGCUGGACUGGAGAAUCCACAGUGUACACUGGAGAUACUGAGGCUGGAAGGCUGCAGUAUUACAGGUGAAGGUUGUGCUGCUCUGGUUUCAGCUCUGAAGUCAAACACCUCAUCACACCUGAGAGAACUGAAUCUGAACCGCAAUAAACCAGGAGAAUCAGGAGUGAAGCUGCUCUCUGAUCUACUGAAGGAUCCACACUGUAAACUGGAGAAACUACAGCUGUGUGAGUGUAAUCUCACAGAGGAAAGCUGUAGAGCUCUGUCCUCAGUUCUCAGCUCAAACUCCACCAGUCUGAGAGAACUGGACCUGAGUAAGAAUAACCUGCAGAAUUCAGGAGUGAAGCUGCUCUCUGCUGGACUGGAGAAUCCACAGUGUACACUGGAGACACUGAGGUUGUAUCGCUGUUAUCUCACAGGGAAAAGCUGUAGAGCUCUGUCCUCAGUUCUCAGCUCAAACUCCUCCAGUCUGAGAGAACUGGACCUGAGUUACAAUAACCUGCAGGAUUCAGGAGUGAAGCUGCUCUCUGCUGGACUGGAGAAUCCACAGUGUACACUGGAGACACUGAGGCUGGAAAGCUGCAGUAUUACAGGUGAAGGUUGUGCUGCUCUGGUUUCAGCUCUGAAGUCAAACACCUCAUCACACCUGAGAGAACUGAAUCUGAACUACAAUAAACCAGGAGAAUCAGGAGUGAAGCUGCUCUCUGAUCUACUGAAGGAUCCACACUGUAAACUGGAGACACUACAGCUGCGUGACUGUAAUCUCACAGAGGAAAGCUGUAGAGCUCUGUCCUCAGUUCUCAGCUCACACUCUUCCAGUCUGAGAGAACUAGACCUGAGUUACAAUAAACUGCAGGAUUCAGGAGUGAAGCUGCUCUCUGCUGGACUGGAGAAUCCACACUGUACACUGGAGACACUGAGGCUGGAAUACUGCAGAAUUACAGGUGGAGGUUGUGCUGCUCUGGAUUCAGCUCUGAAGUCAAACACCUCAUCACACCUGAGAGAACUGAAUCUGAACUACAAUAAACCAGGAGAAUCAGGAGUGAAGCUGCUCUCUGAUCUACUGAAGGAUCCACACUGUAAACUGGAGAAACUACAAUUUAAGCCACUUUAAUUCUGAUCUGAUCUGAUCUGAGUCUCACACACAGAGGAUGAUGAGGAUAAACUCUUACAGUACAAAGUGUUUGAAAAACAUGAUCAUUUAGUGAUAAUCAGAUGGUGUACAACAUGUCAGCACUUCUGCUUCUCUAGUUGUUUGUAAAAAAGCACCAGCUGAGAUAAAUAAACUUUAACUGUACAGUAAUUAAUCUUUUCUUAUUAACAGCAAAACAGAAACUGUUAAUGCACUUAUAAUGUCAUUUAAUAGUUUUGUAUAUACAGUAUGUUCAUGGUUUUCCAUUUACAUGUAGCAGAAGGAAACAUUUAUGUUUAAAACACAUUAUAAAUAUCUUAUAGUAUCAGUUCAGUGCAGUAAUUUGGUCAUUGCACAAAGUUAUUCACUGUUUAUACACUGAGUUAAAGUAAUUUGUUUCGUACUGAAGUUGUAAGAAAAAGAUUAGAAAAGUUUAAUUUAGUUGAUUAUGUACAUAAUUAUGUUUUAAUUUAUUAAAUUGUGUGUUCAUAUA